AUGAUCGGCAUUCUUGAUUUCGAACGAUCUAGACCGUUAGCAAUCCUUCGACCAGCUGUUUCAAUGUUCACGCCAAUUGUACAGAUGUUUGUCGGAAAUAUCAAUCAGUUAUUGAGAGGAGUGUGCUGGGCUGUUUUGCGAUUGAUCCCGGAAGUCGGCAACAUGCUAGCAAGUAUACUCUCCAAGGCAGUUCUAUGCUUCGUACAGUUCGUCAAUGAUCCCGAGAUAUUUUCACUCAGCGCAAGGUUUUGUAAGCGAUGGAUCGCUCUAGGUGAAGCUGUACUCAGACCGUUUACAUACAAUGUAUCCCUCAGAGCAAUGAGACGCCAGUUGAAUUCAUACUAUUCGGAGAUUCGCAUGCGAUCACCUGCAUCUUUUAGAGCAGUGCCCUCUCAAGUACAGUGCAGAGACGGGAUACAUGCGUUCUGUAUCACAUCUAACGAACCACCCGUUGGCGUUCUAUGUGCCGGCGCACAUGCAUCAAGCUGGAUAAUCGGCGCGGGGUUAAAAGCUCGCAUUAGUUAUCAGCUGGUCUGGACUACGCGAAAGGGCUGGAUGACCAAAAGCCCACCGAUUGUGGUUAUGGUUUAUUGA